AUGUCUUUUUGGCAAGAAGUUGCAGAGGCUGCAGCUGCUGCUCAAUUUCCCUCGCUGAGAGGUUUGCGCUUUCGGCCUGGCGGUCGACUCCCGCUGCUGGACCUCCCAGCCAGAAAUGGAUACCCGAGCGGCUUCCGACAACUGCAGCUUCCAAAGCAGGAAACCAGGUCUGCCAGGGAUGAGCUGGAAGGCCAAGUCCUGACCGACCGAUUUGAGCCUUGGAUUGGAAAUCAAGCGCAUCAGAGUCAGAGUCUGCGACUUUCUUGGACAUUUUCAUUUUUUCAGGAGCUGGGGCUCAGCUUCUAUGCCUUGAAGUCUCGGCAUGGUGCAGCCUGCAAGGGCAUUCUGCUGAAGAACCGUGCCCUGCCGCACAACGUGCUGCCCUGGGCCGCGUUGCCCGCUUCUCGAGAGCUGCUGAAGCGAGCGCUUGAGAGCCUCGGCUUGCUGAAUCAGCUCUCCGAGCGGCGCUGCAACGGCAUGGCACGCUUCUACCGACCGGGCCAGGCCCUGCCAAGGCACGUGGACCACGAGAUGUUCGAGGACCUCAAAGCACUGCAAAGCGCUGCAAAGCUCUGCAAAGCAGUAGACACCAUUGUGGGAGUGGUGCUGCGGGCCUCGUCCACAGAUGGGCUGCGUUUGUGCCAAGAGACGCCAUCGCCUGACGGCUCCAUGGCAUUGCUGGCGGAGGCCAAGGGGAUCGGUGGCUUCAAGGCAGCUUUUUUUGCAGAGCUCGGCUUCCAACUGAGGGAGGAAGAUGGUUUGUGCUUCUGCCUCCAGGGUGCGGCACGCGAGUUGGCCCACGAGGUGCCCACUGUAAGCUCCGAACGGCUGUCACUGACCUUCCGCUGGUUCCGGGACGACUUCCUGCAAGAGCUCGAGGACUUGGAGGCCUCUCUGGAACAAGGCUGA